AUGUCGACCACUCCUUGCCUUCCAACUCUCAAGGAAGAAAAUUACAGCCACUGGAAAAGAAAAAUUAUGGUGUAUUGUAUGGAGAAGAACACAGACGACUUUCUCUUGUCAGACAAAGCGGCAACCGCCACCGAAGCGGUUAAAGUCUUGUGGACCGAGCGAAAGAAGCAAGCAGCUGGGGUAAUUCUCAGCAACAUAAGCGAUGACAUCGAG